AUGGCAAAGAACAUCGACUCUUUUGAACAACUUACGACCCGAAUCGGACGUCUGCGGAUGAGAAGAUGUGGCCCAACACCAGCUUUGACUAUCUGUGUCGCUUACGCUCCAACAUCAAGCUACGAAGAAGAAGAAGUCGAAGCUUUCUAUAUGGACCUGGAGAAGUUCUACCGAGAAGACCAUGCCUUCUACAAGGUCAUAAUUGGCGAUUUCAACGCCAAGGGUGGCCCAAGAAGAACGCCGGAGGAACCUUACAUCGGGACCCAUGGCCUACAAUGGAAUGACCAGGGGACUACCAUCAACUGGGAUCUCUUCGCUACGCUAGCCGGCUUUUGGGAAGAUUCCGCAAUGGACAACAUCGACGAGGAAUAUGACCGGCUUGUUGAACACCUUUACGACUGCGCGAAGAAGGCUGAGACAGCACGAGCCGCAGGGAACCAACAACUCACGUCCGACCUCGCAAGGCUUUGCAGAGAGGCGAUAAAUGAAGACCUUAAAGAGAGAAGAGCAGAAGUGCUGGCUGAAGCUGCAGAGGCGGGGAAAAGCAUCCGCUAUGCCCAUCGAGACUUCGCCAGUCGCAAGACGAGGAUGACUGCUCUCCGGAACCCAAAAGGAACAGCCAUUGCAUCGAGAAGGGGGAUGGAGAAAAUCAUCUACGACUUCUACUCUGACAGUUCUCUUCGACAGCCAUGUCCACUUACCUCCUCACCAUCUGAGGGAAGACGGACAUGUCCUUCCAAAGAUUCUCCCGUCCGAAAUACGACAUGCUAUCAUAGCCUUCCGCCAGUACUCAUCAACACCCUGGCGAGGCUCUUUACACGUUAUCUGUCGGAAUGCAAGGUUCCUAAACAGUGGAAGACCAGCAAGACCGUGUUGUUGUAUAAAAAGGGAGAUCCACAUGACAUCGGCAACUAUCGUCCAAUCUGCCUACUGUCCGUCAUCUACAAGCUCUUUACAAGAGUAAUCCUUAAUGGGAUUGAAAAAGUUUUGGAUGAAGGACAGCCAUGCGAGCAAGCAGGGUUUCGAAAAGGAUUCAGCACGAUUGACCACAUUCACACUGUUUCGAAACUCAUCGAGGUAUCCCGAGAGUACAAGAUGCCGCUCUGUCUCACCUUCAUCGACUUGAAAAAGGCCUUCGACUCAGUUGAGACGGAAGCGAUCGUGGAAGCCUUGGACAACCAAGGCGUCCCUACUCAUACAUAA